AAACAUGUGAAGAACACUUGUGUGAUGAAUUUACUGGAUAUCUUUUUACGAACGUGAUAUAAGUUGGAAUAUUUUGGCUAUUUUCGUUCACGUAUGCUGCACAAACGCGUCUUACUGAACUUAAACGAGUUGUAACCUAUGGUUGUAACCCUUUCUUGUGAAGUAAACCAUGAAGGCGCUUCCCCCCGAGACUGUGCGCCUGCUGUGCAGCUCUCAGGUUAUAACGUCUGUCCUGAAUGUUGUCAAGGAACUGAUUGAGAAUUCACUUGAUGCUGGUUCCUCAAGCCUUGAAGUCAAACUGGAGAAUUAUGGACUGGAUCGCAUUGAAGUCCGAGACAAUGGUUCUGGAAUUAAAGCUACUGAUGUUUCCGUGAUGGCUGUAAAACACUAUACAUCUAUCUCCUGCCAUGAAGACCUGGAACAGCUAGAGACUUAUGGUUUUAGAGGAGAAGCUCUGGCAUCCAUAUGUGCCAUCUCAGAGGUGGUCAUUACUACCAAAACUGCAGAUGGAUUUAGCAUUCAGUAUUCAGUGGAUCACAAUGGACAGAUCGUCUCUCAGAAGCCAUCUCAUCUUGGCCAGGGCACCACGGUGUGUGCGGCAAAUCUGUUCAAGAACCUCCCAGUUAGACGGCAGUAUUAUUCCAACACUAAAAAAAUGUAAAGACGAGCUUAAGAGGGGUCCAGAACUUACUCAUGGCUUAUGCUGUAAUAAAGCCUGA